CUAUUUCGAGUCUCGGACAAUAUAAAAGGGACCCCGUCUUCUCAUUUGAACUUGGUUAAAGCUCCAACAUGUCUUCUUCACUUGUAGCUCUCGUCGUUUUGUCCGUUGUGCUUGUAUCAUCUUGUCAAGGGUUGUCGCUUUCCAAGAUCAAUGAUGACGAAAAGCCCGAGUGCAAGAAUGUGACCGAUAAACAGCCAGUGGAUUGUCGAGACACGUUAUUGGCUAUGAACGCUCGAGACAAGGAAAAUUUCUGUAAUGAUUAUGAUUUGUGCCAGCGAACAUGUCUUGGAUGUCCGCCUCUAGAGCAGAAGUACGAACAUCCACCAGCUGAUUGUGAAGACGAAAGGGAAGACUGUUAUUUUGUAAUGAGGCGAUGGGGACAAGACAACUGCAAACUCCAUAGCGCAUACGCUUAUCGUCAUUUCAUAAUGUAA